AUGGACACAGGGAAUGAUGCGGACGGGACAAAUCGCCAAUUAAAAUGGUUUUGGGUAGUAUUUGAGGUUAUGACAUGUAUGCUCCAAGAUGUUUUAUGGAAAGAAAUCCGUCCAGACAGAUUAGCUGAUGCUGUGAUGAAUUCUAAGCCUUUAAAGAAACGUUUUAAGAAAUUGAAUGCUUUGGAUAAGAUAAUAAAAGCUAAAGAUUCACAAAAGCCUUAUGAAGACUUUGACAUUUCUUUGCUGUACGUUUGCCUAAGAAACACAUGUCCCAAAAUCAAACCAAAAAAGGGUUGGGAACAAAAACCAAAAGACAGUGAUACAACCAUAGGAGACGACGUCGAACGAAUUCGACAUUUUAGAAAUGAUUUGGUGCAUGCUUCAAAAGUAUUUAUGUCAGCAAUGGAGUCGGAAGAAAACUGGGCAACUGCUGUCGAUAUUGGCAGACGUUUAGGAGAAUAUGUAGGUAGGAACGUUAACUAUGAGGAGGAAAUCAAACGAUGCCAAAAUAAUUCAAUUACUCCUGCAAUGAAAACAGAGGUCACAGAAAAACUAGAAAGACUGGAAAAUGAAGUAUGCCUUUUGAAACUUAAAGUGACAGAAAGUUGGAAAUUACGAUCAGAAGCAUCAAGUCAGGCCGAAAGGAAAAGACAAAAUCUUAGCAUACUACAACAUCAUAUUGUUCUAAUUUUAAAUGAGACAUCGAAUUCUAUCAGAGAGAAAUCGAAAAAAUCAAAGAUAAAGAAAGUUCUUCGUAGAUUUAAAAAGCACGACGACGUUUUGAAUCAAUUGACAGAGACACCCGAAUUUCAAGAUCUUCUCAAUAACCUGACUGGAAAAAUAUUGAUGUGUGCGAAGGAAAAGAAAAACGAACAUAAGAUUUUUGCAAUUUAUUUGAAGUUUCUCUGUGAAUGGGAACGAAAAUAUUCCUGUUCAAUUAUUUGUAGCCCCGGAUGCAUCUCACUUGCUGUGAAUUUCCUUUCAAUCGCGGAAAUGGAUUUAUUUUUGUCGGAUUUUGAGAAUGGAAAUAUUUCAUUAGAUCUCCAAGAAGUACUUCUUUAUCCACCGUUAUUGUCCUUAUUUGAUCUCCAGGAAGGAGAUUUGGACUUCCGCAUUACAAUUCUAGAGGAGGAUCAAGAUGAAAAGUCGGAGGAAAAUUUAUUCAAUGAAAGAAGGAAUUUCCAGGAAAAUAAGAACUGGAAUUCUUUGGAUAAAUUUUUACACAUUGAUUGCAAAGCAUUUCUUCGAGCAUUGUUGAAACACAUCCAGGAAGAGGAUCUAGGAAUUGCGACCUCAAAGGAAUCACAAAGAACAAAAUCACGCAAAGAUACAGCAAGAGAAAAAAAGGAGGUUGAAAAUUUGGCGUUAGAGGAAUGUUUUAGCAUAUUUCGAAGCGGAGUCUACAAAGAUUUUAUAUCAGAACCAAAACUCGGAUGGGAGUCUAGAGAAUUCCCCCGCGGUAAUCAAACGAACGUAGCAGACGAUAUUUUACGGCUGUUCUUUUACUGGGAAGAAGUACGUUCUAAGAAGGACAUGAAAAUAUCAAAAGCAAAGAUGGCAGAUGUUGUCUUUGUACUACAAGAAAUAGCUGAAAGAAUGGCAAGAAUUUAUGGAGAUUUGGGUGUUGAUCUCCAAAAUAAAGUGGCUGCUCUUACAGACGACGCCUCCAUCUCUGAAGAAUUGAAGAAAACUGACGAAACCAGCGUAAAGGACUUCGGUGAAAAAGAAGAUAUGAGGAAAUACAAAGAGUUUUUCGAGAAUCAGGACCUAGAAGAUACUAACGAUCUAAUUUCUUUCAAAGAGACUCUUCAAGACCUUCGCCACAAAACGUUUCGAGCAUGCAAUGCAGAACUUCUUCAAAACUAUAUGAUGCCUAUGAAACAAGCUCUUGAGCACGUGAAACGGCAAGAUUUGGAGAUUAAAUUAUAUGGAAGUGCAGAAAGAGCUCUGAUUUGGAUCCAGGAAACAGAAAAACUGCUUGAAGUAGAAGCUAUAGAAAAACUGAAGGGAUUUGAUGCACUUCGGUCUGAAAUGGAUGGGCUGCUACGUUAUGUUUCCUCUGUUAUGGACCAAGUGCCAUCAGAAAUGGAAAGCAUAAAGAAGAAACUCCGGGCCGUGUACUCUAAAGUAAAGUUAUUCAAUGAGUGCAUAUCAAACAAAGAGGAAAGAAUCACCAUAGAUAUUGAUUCUAGAGGAACAAUUUUAUCAUCACCGAUCCAAGGGCUGUCUUUGCAAAUGUGGGACAACAAUGAUAGAAAUGAACACAUGCCUAAUCUAGACAGGUCUCUUUUUCAAACCAGUGUCACUGAAGUCUUUAGAUUUACAUUGCAAGGGAAACCUUACACAGUUCAUAGCAAAAAUGAGGAUGUCAUAUUGGUUCGCAUUCAGAUGAUAAACUUAAAGAAACCAAAUGGUAGACAGUGGCUUUCUAAAGUAUGUCAUAGAGACAUCUGGACCACCAUUGAAACACAGACCCAGGAUGAUUGGAUAUUUUUUGGGAUAGAGGCCUUGGAAUCAUUCUUUAUCAUAGAAUCUGCUGAAGAAAUGCCAAUGACGAUUGACCCUAAAGGAGGAGUGUAUAUGCAUGUUUCAGACCCUAAAGCUCAGAUUGAGAUACCGAAGGAUGCGACAGUUGAACGUCAAAUAGCAAACGUUUCGGUUGUCUUGAUGGAAACACCGUCUUUCUUGGGAUUUACAAUGAUUUCAAAGAUAGUUCGAACCUCUGCACACUUUUUGAAACCAGUUACCGUCCACUUUCCUGAAACAAUUCAAUCCACUGAUAGUAAUUUAGCCUCUUUCCACUUCGACAUUAUCCAUGAGAAGUUGACGAUUGAUUUCACUCACACCAUCAAACAAGAAGGGGGAUGUUUCAUUGCCCUUGUCUCGGAAUUUAGCGAGACUGGCAUCGUUGCUGUUCCUAAAAGCUAUUCCCAGCAAAGUGGAAGUUUUAUCCUUCCAUCUCAUGAAUAUAAGCAGAACAGAAAAAUGGAAUUCAAAUGCAAAUCACUGACAUAUGUUUCCAAAGAAAGAGAAGACUUUGCCCAAUUAUGGUGUGAAGUUGUUUUAGUAGAUAACAUAGAUGAAAGAAGAACGAUGAUGAAAAUAAAAAAUUCAGAGUUCAUGGAAUUGAAAGAGUCCAAUGACUUUUUUCUGAAAGAGGACGACCGUAUACGUGUUAACGUUACUGGAUUAUUUAACAAUAGUAAACAAAAACUGUAUAAUAUCAUUAGAUUCAAUGUUUCAACAGACAAUCAUAUCAUUUUACCCUUGGAAAAAACGGGCAGGGAGAUAAACUCCAAAAUUUCGUAUGAAAAAUGCAUUGGAAAAGAUAAAUACUUGUGGCAGAUGUCCGUAAAUAUCGAGAUAAUAAAAACAGCAGCCGUGAAAUCUCUUCAAAGACAACGCACAAGGGAAGGUUUUGCCCUAGAGGAAUUCAAGAGUUUUCUUCAUCACUAUGAGCUCGGAAACUUAAUUGAGACGUUUAUAAAAAAUGAUAUCACCGGCUUGAAAGUGUUUCUAGGAUUAAGCGAAGAAGAUCUAAAAGAGCUAUCUCUAUCUUUGGGACAUCGCAGAUCGUGUUUGGCCGCCAUUAAAGAUUAUAGAGAAAGACAUGGAAAAUAAUUUUUUUAAAAAUGAAUAAAGGAAGGGAUUUUAAGCAUUAUGUUGCACAUGAAUGAUAAGAAUAUUUUUUUCUGUAAGACUAAUUAUACCAGGCAAACUGGAUCCAAGAAGCUAUUUCGUCAGAUGCUCAAAUACAUUAACUGAUCUUUGUGGCAUGUUUUGUUUUUCAUUUUCUUUCUAUAUCAUCUGCUUGAACCAUCAUUUAAAAAGGUUGUGAGUUAUAUUAUUUCUAAGGAUCAUAUCUAUUCGAUAUUUUAGGGAUUGUAAUUUUUUGACGUUCAAAAUUCUCGGUUCUUUGCUAUUCAAUUAUUGUACAGAUAAAAAUGCAGCUUAGCGCACUGUUCCUGCUCUGCUAGACUGUUUACGUAGGUCGAGAGUUUAACAAAGUGUAGGGUUGGGAGUGAGUAUCAUUAAUAACAUGAAGUGUUCUUUUACUGUUUUAUAACACCGAUGAAACCGAGAGGGCUAUAGGUUUCCUUUACAUCUUUCCGUACAUCUGUCUUUCUGUCCUACUAGCUGUCUUCUGUGUGAUUCAUUUUUUUAGAUAAAGGAUUUU